AGGUUGUUCUCCUGCGCGCCGCGCCGCGCAGCACCUGCGCCUCAUCUCCCCGCCCUCCGCCGGCCCCGGGCGCCCGUUUCCUCUUCGUCGCCGCCGAUGUCUACCCGGUACACCGGACCGUCCGACUGACCCGACCCCCGUCAUCCCCUUUGCGGCCUGCCGCAUAAAAAUGAGGAGCGACGACCGCGCAUUUAAACGGUGAAGCGCCACCUGUGCCGGCUGGAAAUGCAGGACAAAAGCGGCAAAGGAGCAGCCGAGAGCCCGGUCGGAGGAGACGCAGCAGCCGCAGCGCAGAACCCGCCACAUUUGAACGGGCAUACUGUUCCUCCAAAUGGCUUCAACCCAGCAAGUACAGCCACCCCACAGCAGCAGUCUGAUUCCAGAGCCCCUAGUCCUGACCCUGCAGUUGUCCCCAGGGAUCAGUGGGGCGGGAAGUAUGAGUUCCUGCUCUCCUGCAUCGGUUACUGCGUGGGCCUGGGCAACGUGUGGAGGUUCCCUUACCUGUGUUACCGCAACGGGGGAGGUGUGUUUCUCAUCCCCUACUUCAUUAUGCUCUUUGUGACGGGAGUUCCUCUCUUCCUCAUGGAGCUGAGUUUAGGCCAGUAUGGCUCGGCCGGCCCGAUCAUGGUGUGGAAAUGCUGCCCUCUGCUUAAAGGUAUUGGGAUUGGGAUGCUGUGUGUGUCCACGUUGGUGUGUCUCUACUAUAACGUGAUCAUAGCGUGGACAUUUUACUACCUGGGCAGCUCUUUCCAGAGCCCCUUGCCGUGGUCAUGUGAAGCCCCGGCCAAUGCCGCUCUCUGUAACGCCACUGCUGGCAAUGGCUCGGAAAGACGCCACAGCCCAACAGAAGUUUUCUGGAACGAGAACGUACUGGGUGUAGUGAACAGCGAGGGCCUUCAUGACCCGGGCCCUGUGCGGUGGCAGCUGGCUCUGUGCCUCUUGGCUGCCUGGAUCAUCAUCUUCUUCUGUAUGCUCAAAGGCAUCCGCAGCUCCGGCAAGGUGGUUUAUGUAACGGCCACCUUCCCGUAUUUUGUCCUCAUUGUUUUGAUCAUCAGAGGUGCCACACUGGAGGGAUCUCUUCAGGGCGUCGCCUUCUACCUCACACCUGACUGGAGCCGUUUAGCUAAUGCACAGGUGUGGAAUGACGCAGCCUCUCAGAUUUUCUACUCUUUAGGCAUAGGGGUUGGAGGGCUGCUCUCCAUGGCGUCUUACAACAAGUUCGACAACAACGUCAUCAGGGACACUAUCGUGAUCACAAUCGGAAACUGCGGCACCAGCUUCUUCGCAGGAUUCGCUAUAUUCUCCAUCCUGGGUCACAUGGCGUGGAAGAAGGGAGUGCCGGUUGACAAGGUGGCAGACACAGGUCCUGGACUAGCGUUCGUUGCUUAUCCAGAAGCGCUCGCUCUGCUGCCAGGCUCAGUGUUUUGGUCCAUUUUGUUCUUCCUCAUGCUGUUCAUGCUCGGGGUUGAUACUCUGUUCGGUAACAUGGAGGGCAUCACCACGGCCGUCCUGGAUGAGUUCCCGAACCUCAGAAGGAACACCUUCCACAAGUCCUUGUUCUUGGGCACCCUGUGUUUUGUCUUCUACCUGAUGGGCCUCCUGUUAGUGACGGACGGAGGGAUUUACUGGUUCACUCUCAUUGACUCCUUCAGCACCAGUUUCGGCCUCAUCAUCAUCACCCUGUUCAUGUGCAUUGGCAUCUCCUUCUUCUAUGGUGUCAAUCAGUUUUGUCAGGACAUCGUGGACAUGAUCUGCCACUGCCCUCCGUGGUGCAGCAAAGUGCUGAUUUACUUCAAAGCCUGCUGGGUUUUCUGCACCCCUUUUCUCCUGCUGUUCAUCCUGAUCUACAUCUUUUUGGAGAUGUACAACACGUCCCUCCGCUACGGCUCGUACGUGUAUCCACGGUGGGGUAAAGCUUUAGGCGUGUGCAUGGGCGCAACCUGCUGUCUGCAGAUCGUCAUCUGGGCCAUCGUGGCCAUCAGCAGGGAAACGGGGACUCUAAAAGAGCGCUUCAAGAAAUCGAUCCGACCUCUGAACUCCUGGAGGGUAAAUAACGUAAACAGCGCCGCGAGGAGCGAGAGCGUGGAGCCCGAGCGAGUGGAGGCUCCUUUCACCGUCACGCUCACAGACGUGGACUUCACAGCAAGGACAUGGGAAAUGGGAAGCAAUGCAUAAAGGAGACGGCAGACAUGAACAUACAAUGACGAGCAAACUAUAUUUAGUUUUUGUUUUUUUAAGAAACAAAAGGAUUUUUCUUUUAAUUCGUUACUCGCCCCAGCAAGGCUCUGGUGGCUGUGUCAGAUCAGGCUGUGUCCUGCAGGCCAAUGUGGAAUAAUAGAUUUAUUUAUGCUACUGUGUACAUAUGUGUGAAUGAUAAUUUUUUUUUAACAGUUUGUCUUGGAUCGAUGACGGUAUACAGAGAGUAAGUUGAAAAUUGGACUUACUUGUGAUGAUCUUGUUGUACGGACCAGAUUUUUAUUGAAAAACCAAGAAGGAAGGACAUCGUUAUAACACAGCCUCUUCCUACCGGUGGACCAGGAGACGGGCCCGCUUGUCAUCAUCCUGCCAGACUAAAUGGUGUUCACAACAAACCCCAUUGGUCACAAUUAUAUUUUAACCGUGUGUCUUAUUUAAACUGAAUGAGAAGUAUUUCGAGAAUAAAUACAUAAGAGGAUUUGCUAAAUGAAGUAUUAAGGAGGUGUCACCAUCUAUGAAACUUCACAUUAAGACGUCUUAAUUGAGAAAUUCAUUUUCAGAUGAAUUAUUUAGUUACAUUUUAUUUACAACAUUGCCCUACAUGCAACACACUGAGCGGGGGAAGAAAGAGAUCACUGCUCAUCUCCUGGAACACACCAUCCCCACUGGGAAACACGGUGGUGGCAGGAUCAUGGUCGGGGGGGACCAGGAAGCCAAAUCCUUAAAAAGGAAAACCUGUAAACUGUAGAAAAACAAAUCACUGAUUUUUAUUCGCAGCAUUGUCCUAAAUGCAAAUUUAAUUAUGUCAUUCUAGUACAACUACCGCGUUAUUGUUGCCAAUGUGUCUUUAAGAAAUCUAUGUUUUUAUUUGUGGUCAACUUUAGUGACAAAAUCAAACAUGAACCUUACAUAUUUGUUUACCACACUAGUUGCACUUUUUGACCCUGUGUGCCUGGGGAUGCACCUAGAUUUAAGAGAGCACCUUGAAUGUGGUUUUCUAUACGCUGCCUGUGUUCAACAAUCUAAAACCAUUAUACACCGUCGCUUUGCAGACUGUUUCUAUAUAUAGGUUUCUUUUUCAUUUUAUUGUUUCGUUUUAACGUCUGAGUCAGAACACCAUUAGAUAUUAAAUAUUUGUGUGCUGUAACAUACCCACGGUCCCUCCUUUUCGGUCCACGACAAUUUGGGCAGAUUCCAGCGCCCAUAUGACCCUAAAUAAAGUUAGAAACAUCGAGAAAAUU